CUCAGCCUCUAGUCUUAUCCCAUUAAAAUAGAAAAACAACAAUCAUUUUUCAUAAACCCUAAAACCACUGAAACUGAACCAUGGGUCUUCUCUCUUGGUUCACGGGCAACCCAAAGCCAAAGUCCCAACAAUCCGGAUCUUCCAAAUCAACAAACGACUCGAAAUCCGAAAUCCCCGCUGCCCCGGGUAUGAACGGUGCCGUUGAAGUGCCCCGACCGGCUGAGAGCGUGACGGUAUUCGAGUUCGGGUCGAUUGCUGCUUCAGCUGAUAAGGUAACUGUGGCUGGGUACUGCCCCGUCUCUGACGAUCUGGAGCCUUGCCGUUGGCAGAUCCUGCCGGCCAGUGAAGCCGAAGCGCCCCAGUUCCGUGUGGUAUUUUGAUGAGAUAAGAGAAAAUUUGCUUGUAAGAAACAGAAUUAGAAGAAUGAAUAUAAUUCUGUUAGAAUUAUUGUUGGUCUUUUGCCCGUCUUUAUUUAAUUGAAGUUAGUUUUAGAUUAUUUUGAUCUUAGUCUCCCGCAGAUGAUAAAUUGUGAUAUAAUUGUGGGUUUAACCUUCGGAUUUGAUGA